GAGGUUGAGAUGGUGCUGAUAACAAGGGGUGCCCGCCGUCGUCGGUGCUAGUGCCAUUUUUCCGUUGUGGUCGGUUCAAGGUUCGCCUCGACAACCUCCACGGUUCGCGACAAGAGAGCUCACCACCUCUCCCCUCGCUUUGAGCGUUUGCUCGCUGUUCAGCAGGUGCUGGCAUCACCACCAUUUUUCCUUCGUAGUCGUCCGGUCUGUGAUCGAUUCUCUUCGACGUGUACAUACAUUUCAAUUCUCUUCACAUCCUUUUUUUCUUUUCCUUUUUCUUUGAAGCAGACGGGGGGCACAAGGUUGAAAACCGCCUCAAGUUCGUUCGUUUCUCGUCGUUCGCACAUAAAACUGUGAUUCGAAAGAGCCCAAGGCGAGCCAAGGAACCAAAAAGCCUCUUGGACGAAGCCACGCCCGACAUGUCCCGCCUCGUCCUCCUCGCCUUCACCCUCGCUCUCUUGGCCCAUCUCACGCUCGCGGCACCGCCGCAGCCCUGGUACGAGAAGUACAACCAGCGCCGCGUGAUCGUGCCCCAGUCCUACUACGAGGCCCUCUCCCUUCGCCGGCAGGCUCCCGUCAAACCGAAUGCGGUACGAGACAUGGUCUGCCUCGACACAUCGACCCGCUUCCUUCUCUACGACGAGUACGCCGCCUCCCUGGCCAUCUGCGGCUCCAUCGCGGGGCCGGGCGCGACGCGGUGCGAGGGCAACCCGGCCGAGACGGUCGGCACCUCGGGCCGCGCCGCCUUCGCCCUCCAGGCCACCGAGCGUGACCGCGGCGCCACCAUCAACGUGUCCAAGGAGGCCUGGGCCCGCUGCGUCGCCGCCGCCCGCGAGGCCUGCCCCCAAGGCCGGUACCGCGGGGUCUGCGUCGGCGGGGCGACCAAGGGUGACGUCAGCUUCGAAUUGAUGAGCGUCUGAUUUAUGUUUUUCUUUCUUUCUUUCUUUCUUUUUUUUUUUUUUU